UUAUUUAAAAUUGUAAAGAGUUUAUUUUCAGACUUAGGUGUAAGAAGCACACGCUAAUCCGAUACCAUUCGUAUAACAAAACCACCAAUCACAAUUCUGGAGGUUGUGUGUGAGUGACAGAGCCAUGUGAGUCAGUUGCACAAAUUUAAAUGUGCUAUUUUGAGCUUAGGGAGUGGGGGUAGUCAGCCAUGCUGCACCUCCUGGUCUCUCUCUUCCCCCUCUCUUUUGGACAACCUCUCGUGAGGAGCUUCUCAACGUUAGGGUGGCAUUUUACUGAAGGGACUUUUUUGAUGUAGUUUAAUAUGGGGUGUUGUUUCAGUAAAGAGGUCAACCCUAACGCGGUCAGUGAACGAACCAGCCUUCUUCAAUCAUCAGCUGCUGAAAGUUGCACGGCUAAAGAUGUGAAGCGGUGCGCCUGCUCUGUGGCUGAACUGGCUGAAGAGAAGCUCCCUGAAUAUGGAGAGACGAACAUAGCCGUGGAUACAAGAAGUAAUUCUUCUUCCACAAACCUGUCAGUGAGUCUCAGUGCUAUUGAUAAGGAAAACAGCAGCAUACAGGAUGGGACCGUACUUUGGAGCAAACUUAAUGGUGAUCCUCGUCGUUGUGAAGUUUUGGAAAGGAAUGGAGAUGGAAAGGACGUUUCAAAAGGCUCACGUGGAGACAACCAGGACGCUGAUCUUGCCCCUCCUCGGAUUACAGACACAGCUGUGAUGAACUCUGUAAAAAAGAGAAUAGCUGAAAAUGCAGUGAAACGGGCAAAUUGGUUUAGUGAAAUUGGACCAUCACACUGCUCACAUUUAGAAGGAAAAAGUUGGAGCAGCUCUUGCGAGAACGUGGCUACAGCUGCUGCAGCCACACUCACUCCAGACAGUCAUGGCAUCAAAGCAGAGCACUCUACAGACAGCGCACUUGGUCCGGAGGAGUGUGCACAGGUGCAGAGUACUGUCAGGGAGAAGUCUGGAGUUGUAUCUACAUUGGGUACAACCUUGUAUCCAAAUGAAAAAGGCAGAAGGAAUCAUGGGAAGUUUAGUGAUUUGGAUGAAAGUAAUAUUGAUUUAGCAGCUCAAGAUUACCACUUCAAACAGAGAACCCAGAGCUUCUACAGCAUUUGCUCAAUUGAUGCAGACGAUCUGGUAGAGGGUGAGUGUGAACUGCCUUCCACUGCACAACCUUUGCCAUUCGAUCAGACAAAUGGAUUGGAUGACACUGAAGUGGUGUUGUCUAAUCAUUCAUCUGUCUUGAAUAAUGUAUGCACCGGAUCUGCCUCAGACCCUUUAAAUGGGACCAAAGCUUUUAAAAACAUGCAUACGAUCGAAGCACCACAAGAAGAUAGAGAAAUGUGUUUUGCAAGUCCCCCAGCAAGAACUUUGGCUGUACAGGAUUACAAUAUUACACACCCGCCUCACUUCCAUGGGGCAGUUGACGAAAAAACUGCAGAGUCAGAAAAGCAUGUUCCAAUUUCUGGUGAAGAGAAAAUGGAAAAUGAAGUAAAGAUGCUUGAUGGUGGCAGUGAAAAGCAGCAUGGGCAUGAGUCAAGAAAACUGUCCGUCAUCAGUGCUGAGGAAACUACCCUUGAUUUUCUGGAAAAAAAUGAACAGGUGUUCUCCCUAAAGACAGGUGUUGAAGGCAAACAAGUACAACACAUUAAGCCCUUGGUACCUGUUGACUUGAAAAUGUUGGGCAUGGCUUUGGAAGGACACUCUUUGGAAGCCUCUAAGCAGGAACUGGACACCAACAAUGAUAUUAGUUGUAUUGAUCAAAGUGAGAACUUUGCAAACUUUGAAUCACAAACACAUCUGGACUUUAAGGUCACAGAUACUGCAUUUAAUGAUUCUGGAAAUUCUGUGAUUUGUGCUACAACAACAUCCAGCUGCCUAGUUUCUUCAGCUAUGAAAGACGAAGAGAGUCUCUCAGAUUCUAAAGAAACGUCUAGUUGUUAUUUAUCAAGUAUUAUCCCUUUUGAGACAUCUCAGAAAGAAAUUAUUCAAAAAGGUGAUUUACUCAUUUGUAAGGCAUCUGAUACACCUGAGCUGCUUGGGAAUGCCACUCUAGCUUUGGUCACACCUUCACUAGGAAAGGAAACUGAUGAUAUGGAGUGCCAAAAGUUUACAACGGUUUGCAGUUCCCAAGAGCAAGAAACUAACUCAGCAAAUCAGAAUUCCAAAAUAUGCUCAACUGUUGAAACAGUCAGCGUUUUAGCAUCUGAUCUAAUGGCUACAAAAUUGGAACUCAUGUCUGGCGAGUUUAACGCAUUCCAGAACUUGCAGUUAGUCAUACCUAAUAUCAUUAGGGGAAAUACUGAUGUUUCUCAGACAGAUAUUUCUAUUCAAGUAGGGGUAGUAGGUUGUUCUGAAAGUGAUGUAGUUCCUCUGUUGACUUGUGAAGAUACAGAAGAGAAAGGAGAAAUUAACCUUGGUACGGAGGAGGACUUCACCUGUAACCUUUCUAACACUGACCUUUUAAAAGGUUCAGAAUCUGAGUUCAUAAAUGGAGAACAGCUUGCAGAGAUGACCUGUUCUCAUAUUCACACACCAUAUUUUCAACCUAUUGUAAGUCAAAACUCUCCUAACACUGAAAGUUUACUUCAAGAUGAUAAUGACGAUGACAAUUAUUCUGAUUCAAGUUCGGAGGGGAACAGCUACAACUUACUGAAUUGUGGUCAGACAAGCUCAAAUGUUCUUGUGACUCCUGAUUCAAGGAACACUUCAGAUGUUGCAUCUAGAACGGACUGCUCUGUAGAGGUCAGUCACCUAAUGCAUAGUACACCAAACCAUUCUACUGUAGCUACUCAGGGUUUGUUUAAUAAUGAGGGUCCAAAAUGUUUUAUCUCAGAGACCACUUUACCUAACCCAGCUCAAGAAUGUGUUACCAACAAGGGAAAAGAGAAUGCUGACUUGAGCAAGAACGAGAAGGUCUCAGUUGUCUCUGGGUGCUCCAGUGGAGGUGAAUUAAAGGAGCCUGCUCAAGUUUCUUUAAAUGAUAUGAAAUCAGGUCCUGAAAUGGGACUACAGAAAGCCAUACAGUUACUAGAGACCCAGCAUUAUCUUAACCUUGGAAAAAUUGUUGACGACCAAGAAAUUCCUUUCUGUUUGAGGGAUAAUAAGGAAAAUGCAGACUUUGACAGCCGAUUUAGUCUGCCUACAAGCUUGCCUUCUGAAGUUGAGGCGUCUGAAACGUCUGACAGUGGCACAUUGUCUAAAAACAGUAUGCUGAGUGAGACCGCUUGCAUUCCCUCAGGCCUCCUCUUAGGGCAGGCUGCCAAUGAUAUUCAAAGCGCUUCACAUGCAUCCAAUCAAAAGACAGAAUCAAAGCCUGGAGAUCUGCAAGGCUUGUGCCUGAUUGGCACAGAAGAGGAGGGCGCUGUGGUUGACUACAGCAUUCCUCUUGUGAGUAUGAUAAGACCACUGUUUGAAAUGAGAGAAGCAUCACGUGCCUUACAAGGACCUGAGGGCACUAGUGCAUCCACAGAGUGCUUUGCGACGAGCAGGCUUCAGGGAUACCAGCUUGAGUCAUGCAACCCUUCCAGUUGUAUCCUUGAAGAUACUGGAACAUGUCUGUGCAAAUUUAAUAAAGUAACUGAAAAUGAAGAUGAAACUACAUGCCUGAACAAAAUUAUUCCAUUACCUGUUGAACCUGGCCAAGUCGACGCUUACGCCAGCACUCCCUCAUACGAGAUUCAUCUACGAAACAUCGGUAAAGCCACUGUCUCUGAGCUGACAGAAAACUUGCAAAAUGGGAUUGACACGAGUGAAUCAGAAGGAGACCAGAGCGUUCUAAACAUGGUUUCUAACCUUCUCGGCAAAUCGUAUGUGAACGAAGAUGCCGAUUCUAAUCAGGACCUUUCUGGAUGGCCCACAGAUUCUGAAACACUGUUCCUUGAUACACAAUUGCAUGGGUAUGCCUUGGAUUCAGCUUGGCACCCUUGUCUCUCUGAGAAAGAAAUGAUGGAAGGAAAUUCCGAGCAGGACAAUAAAAGUGAUUCUAAAAUCGACAUGGAGGGCAUGCAGGCCUUUACGACUGCUUACCCCUACAGCCUGUUAGUUUCUGAUGGUUCCUGUGUAUGGGACUGGCAAAAUGCUUACAGUGAAAUUGAAUCCACCAAGGUCUCUGAGCUCAAUCCAAAUGCCAAGGCAUGGGCCAGUUAUAUGCCGAAUCAGGAAGCUUCGGGACCCGCCUACACACAUUCUCUCCCGUCAUGGACAGGAGAUACCAGUGACCCGACAAACACAGUCUCAGGAGGUUAUGUCACCAGCAAUGACAAAGGGAAAUGGAAUGAAGAACAGGGGUCCAUCUCCGUAAAACUGCCUUUAGCAGUGCCACCAGAAUCAGGGGACAUGGAAAGCACAGUCGGUCAGUUGCCCCCUGGGUUGCAGGAAGAGUCAUCAGUGAAAGAAACUGAUGAUUCAGACUCCUCCAGACAGCUUGAAGACCUUCGAGAACAGCUGAAGGCUACACUAGAGUUUUGCCUCUCUCGGGAGAAUCUAGCCAACGAUAUGUACCUCAUCUCUCAAAUGGACAGUGACCAGUACGUGCCAAUUGUGACAGUGGCAAAUCUUGAUCAAAUCAAGAAGCUGAGCACAGAUGUAGAUCUAAUUGCUGAUAUUUUGAAGACACUUCCUCUCGUACAAGUGGACAAAUGUGGUGAAAAAGUGCGACCAAACCAGAAUCGAUGCAUUGUUAUUCUCCGUGAGGUCCCUGAGGCCACUCCUGUUGAGGAAGUGGAAUCGCUCUUCAAAAGUGAAAAAUUGCCCAACUUUGUCAAUUGUGAGUUUGCCUAUAAUGAUAACUGGUUCAUCACCUUUCAGUCAGAGGCAGAUGCACAACUGGCAUAUCAGUAUCUCCGAGAAGAAGUAAAGACCUUUCAAGGAAAGCCCAUAAAGGCAAGAAUAAAGGCCAAGGCCAUUGCUGUCAACACUUUUGUGCCAAAGAAUGGAUACAGGCCUGUAGAUGUCUCCUCAAACAUCCAGCAGCGCUAUACCUCUUUCUACAUCCCACCAGUGUAUGGGGCACAGCAGCAGUUCCCGCCUAUCUACAGGCUGGUAACUCCUCAAGGCUGGUCAACACAGAGCUACUUGGAUCCCUUAGUUACUCCAUUCUCUAAUCCUGGAGGAUUUAUUAAUGGUUUUGCUGGAUCUCCUACUUUCAAAUCAGCCACUGCACCUUUGACUGUCAGGCAUUAUCAACCAAGAAACAGGAAUCACAAUAAAAGCCAUGUUCGACCCACGUCAUUGACUACAGAACGUGGAACAGGUUUAUUGGAAAACCCUGGCACUUUCACAAGUGUGUCCUCAGAGCGAAUCCCAAAUGGGACUCGUACGCCACACACCAAUCAGAUAGGUAGCCGACCUCGACUUCUCAGCGCCCCAAGUUAUCCUCGCCGAGAUCAGGUUGGCAGUGGAAGAAUGGAGAUGAAUGGGGCAGACUACUCACCAGUCAUUGGCAGAGGAAGGAGAAAUGGCUAUGGCUACAAAAAAAGAAGAGAUGAGAAGUUUUCAAGAACCUCCACGCAGUCACCCCCUCCAGCCCAGGAGCGUGCCCCAUCCCCAAGCUUCGAGUUGGGUCUAUCCAGCUUCCCUCCCCUACCUGGUGCUGCUGGCAAUCUUAAAACAGAAGUAAAGCCUGAAAACAGCUUGGAAAACCGACUGUCUGACAUAGUCACCGGUGUAGCUAAAGACAAGCCCCUAAAUAAGGAUGCAGUAACCAUCCGUGUGACUUCAGGAAUCCCCAAAGAAUCAGCGCAGACUGUUACGGCUCCCACUGCUCAGCCUCCAGUGGAACAGCACAACCCACCCUCUCCAGCCCACAAGCGAUGUUCGAUGAAGACACCCGAGGAAAAAAACAAGGAGGUGACGACACUUGCUGAGAAGCCUUCAGUUCCGCAUGCUGCUAAAAGUCCAACAGUCCAGCUUAACAAUCCAAGCACGGAGCCCAGAAAGCCCAGCUAUGCAGAGAUCUGCCAGAGGAUAAGAGAGGCACCGACGCAGCAGCCUCCAGUGGAGCCCAAGCCGGCCAGUACGUCUGCAGAAGACACCAACUCCCUUGACUCUGUAGAGCACAGAUGCAGAGAAACAAGGCUUCCCUCGGCCAAACCAGCGCUGCCUCGCGUCAGAGAUGCCUGGAAGUCUCACCAGGGUGCUGCAGAGGCAUCUGCUUCCUCAUCUCAAUCCUGAGGGUUCAGCAAGGACUCGGACUGAGGCAUUAAACGCUCAGUGGGUCAGGGCUCCUUCACAUAGCUCCUUUAGCCCUCUCAGCCCUACUGUAAAUGCACAUAUUGACAACUGUCACUGGAAUCAGGGCCUGCAGAUGAAAACACUUGUGGGUGCAUAAGGGUUCUCUGGUCUACUUUUUCUUAUUUUCUUCUGUUCUUCUUUUUCCUUUUACUUUUUUUUGUUCAAGGACAACUGGCCCUGUUGUGGAGAUUUUUUUUUUAAUUCCUUUUUUUGAAUUAGCUUUUUUGCCAGAGCUCAAGAUUUUUGUUGUUAAAAUAGUGCUGGUAGUAGUAAAUACUGACUUUUGAAAUAGUGCUGAUCUUGAACCCUUCUUUUCCUUUUCAAUUUUUUUAAUCAACGUGUGUAUAUAUAAUUUUCUAACUACCAGUGUACUUGCACUGACUGCACUGGGUCUGAUUGUUUUCUGGGCUUUUCUGCAGAAGGGUGAGCAGUCAGAGCUGUUAUGCCUGCAUGAUUGAGAAGUUCUGUAAGUCCAUUUUGUGUUCAGUUUUUAUGUAUUAAUGUGUCGGCACUGGAGUAUAGUUUUGAGCUCUGAUUUUCAUUUUUUAAAACCAGCACCUGAUGUUUUUCUUUUCUUUUUUUUCGUUCAUUUUUUUUUUUUUUUUUUUUUUUUUUUUAAUCAAUUAUACUUGAUGGCAGAGUAGCUGGUGUAACUAUUAUCUUGUCUUGUGUGCAUGCCUUUUUAUGUAUUUCAUUUUUCUUUCUUUUCUUUUUUUUUUUUUUUUUUUUUUUUUUUUUUAAACCCUUUCUUUUAAUAGAUUUCCCCCAGGCCCACAUUGCUUGACAAAAAUCUGAGCCCAUGUAUAUCAAACAUCUGAGCAUAAAUUUUCAUAUAGCCACAUAAUCGCUUUCAUUAAGAUCAAAUAAGCAAAAAAAAAAACUGGUUCCAGUUCAGCACUCACUCAGUGAGAGAAUUGCUAGGUAUGAUGCACGUUGUCUGAUCAGUUUCUGGAAGAUCUGUACACUGAUUCAGGUCCUCAGGGUGUAAGGGUGGGGGUGUGAUAAUGUGCCUAGUCUGCGUUUGUCUAAAACAGUACAGCUUCGUAUUUGGCUUUUCAGAGAAGUUUAAUGCUAGGGUGGUGCUAUGGUUUGUCACUUGGUUUCAUUUGGUGCUGUUCAGAAAUCUCUAUAGGAGAAAGGAUUUGGGGAGCGUUUACCCCGCCAACCUGAAGUUUGCAUAUCAUCAAAUUAACUGACCUGGAUUUGGAGGUGUGCAUGUAUUAACUUGCUUUAUUUUAGCCUCCUGCACUCAUGGACCAGUGGCGUUCUUUGUAGAGUCUCUCUUUCUGAAGUUUGUCCUUUUGUUUUUCUUUUUUUCCCUUUCUUCCCCUCUUUAGUUGAUCACUUGUUUUGUUCAUUGUUGGAUCGCGUAGAAUUAUUUUUGAGCAGAGUGAGUCCUAAUUGUUCCUGUGUGUCUUCCUGCAGUGUAGAGAAUUUAUAGAAAGCUUCAAGGUCAUUAUUUUGUGUGCAAGUGUGAGAGUCUGUGUGUGAGAGUGUAAGAUAUUCAUUGUGUCCCUUAUGAAUUUAGUUUUUGUUUUUUUUAAAUGUGUCCUUCCCCCCCUCUUCAAAAUUGACACUUAGAAUGCAAGUAAGUUAACAUGUAAAAUCGCCAUCCAUUGUUUAUAAUAGAGUAAUGAAGGUUUGCUUGCAGAAGUUUUAAGAUGUACAAAACACCAUUAUAAAUUAACAGCAUUUGAAAACUUGAAUUUUAUUUAAACUUGAAAAAUGUCUCUGCCUUAACUUUUUAGAAGAGAGAUUGGAGCGAGUUUGUUUAUCAGUUCCCAAAGGGUCGGCCGAAGCGGAUGAUGUGGUGGGGUGUUCUCACAGCCUUGGUCACUGCAUUUGUGUAGCACAAAACUGUUGGGGUUGAAAUGGAUUUAUUUUUCCUCUCUCUUUUCUUUGUUUUGCUUUUCUUUUUUUUGUAUAUGCUUAUGGUCAGAACUGUAAUGUGUGCACUUGAUGUGUGCUUUCACUGUACAGAUGUAAAUAAUUGGAAAACAUUAAAAAAAGGUACCCUUAAAUUGGUUAAGAGCAAGGUGUAUUAAAAUAAAUGUUGAUGAGAAAUUGGA